GCGUGUGCGACGCCCUGUGGCGUCCGGGUCCCCCGGGUCCCCCCCCCCCGACCAGCUCCGGGAGCUCCCUGAGGGGGGGAACCCCCUCAUGGCGGCCCCUUUUCCCUCCUGAGCACCCUGGUCCCCUCUUCACCCCUGGUGUUUCCCCUCUCCUGAAGCCCACCCCUGCAGGGAAGGAACCAGCCUUUGCUGGUUGCCCUCAAGAGAGCGUUGUCACCCUGGCAAGAAGGUGACGAGGGAAAAGCAACAUCUUCACCAUCCAUAGGGUGACUUUAUUGUCAGAUAUCCCACCGGCAUGAAACAUUAUAAACUAUGAAAGAUCCUAAUUAGCCCAAUGUGGUGGGAUGUUCCUGCACGACUGCUUCUUUUACCUCUGGUGGUUUAUAUUUUCCUGUGAGUUAUGGAUUUAGAGACUCAAGUCACGUUUUAAAGCUGGUUUUUUUUGUAUCUGGUCAACGCUGCCUUGGCUAAGCCAGGAAGAGUAUCCAGCCUGCAUGGACAGGGCAACAUUCGCCUGUUCCACUGCCUUUUUUCGUGACUACAACAGUUCAUCUCAGGGCGCAUUCUGCCUCCCAGGAGGACACGUUGACUUUAUUGAAAAAGUAGAAUCAUUCACUUACUCAGACUUUUUCCGGGAUUAUUUGAUUCCCAACCAUCCCUGUAUUUUCUCAGCUAAAUUCACUGAAGACUGGGGCAGCAGGAGAAAUUGGGUUACUUGGGAUGGAAAGCCUAACUUUGAUCAUCUGCUGCAGAAGUUUGGAGAGGCUGUAGUACCUGUUGCCAACUGUGACGUCAAGGAGUACAAUUCCAACCCGAAGGAGCAGCUUCCCUUCAAGGAGUAUAUAAAGUACUGGAAAGAGUACAUUAAAAAUGGCUACCGUUCAUCCCGAGGGUGUCUUUAUCUAAAGGACUGGCACCUGAGCAGAGCUUUCCCUGAGCAAGAUGUUUAUACAACCCCUGUGUAUUUCUCAUCCGACUGGCUGAAUGAAUACUGGGAUGCUAUAGCUGUGGAUGAUUACCGGUUUGUCUACAUGGGACCUAAAGGUUCAUGGACUCCGUUCCAUGCCGAUGUCUUCCGUUCUUAUAGCUGGUCAGCCAAUAUAUGCGGGAGAAAGAAAUGGUUGUUGUACCCUGCAGGACAGGAGGAAUACCUCAAAGACUGCCAUGGCAACUUGCCCUUCGACGUGACUGCACCUAAUCUUCAGGACAGGAGUGUUUACCCUCGCUACAACCAAAGUCAACCCCCUGUUGAAAUUGUGCAGGAAGCAGGGGAGAUAGUCUUCAUCCCCAGUGGAUGGCAUCAUCAAGUUUACAAUCUGGAGGAUACCAUUUCCAUUAACCACAACUGGGUGAAUGGCUGCAAUGUGGCUAUAAUGUGGUGCUUCCUGCAGGAUGAAUUAGCAGCUGUCCAACGGGAAAUCAAUGAAUGGAAGGACCCUAUAGACGAUUGGCACCUACAAUGCCAGUUGAUCAUGAAGUCUUGCACAGGUAUAGACUACAAGGAGUUCUACAACUUCCUCAAAGUUAUUGCAGAGAACAGGAUUUCUGUCUUGGAAAACGGCCUCGAUGACGAAGCUUCGGCAAAGAACACUCCCAAAGCUGCCAUUUCCACCUUGGGCAUGCUCCAUGCAGUGUUUGAUUUAAAGAGGACUGUGAAGGUGUUAACAUCAUUGAGUGCUAAUGAAGAUUUCAAGAAACUAGACCUGACGUCACUUUCUCCACCUCCGGAGGCAUUACUCCACCACUUGAAAGCAGCAAUAGAUACAGCGCUACUCUAACUUCCUAUUUAUUAUGUUCUUUGUAAAAUGAACCUUUUGCAAAAUGGGUGUUUGUAGAAGACUGACUCCUCCCUGUUUAAUAGCAGUUUAAGUACAAAGAGCCUUAAUAUAGAGUGGGGAGAGAGUACAUUCAUAACAAGACUGAAUACUUUUUAAGUAGACACCAUUUGAGUGUCUAGAGUAAUUACACAGGAAAACCAAAAAUCUCAGAUAAAGGAAAAACCCAAAUCAUGUUAGCAUUGUAUUAUGAGCCCUGCUGGUGAGUAUGCAUUCAGGGAAGGGGAACAGAAAUUCUCUGUGGGUUGAGCUUAGGUCUGUCAGGGCUAAACACUGAACUUUCAGAGGUCUGCACCAUAUGCCCUCUGCUUCUGACAGCAAACCUGCACUGCAAGCUCCAGCAGUCAAGCUCUGCUUUCUCUGGUCACACCUAAAUUGUUUUAAGACCUGUCCUGCUUCCAGGUGCAGCUCAGCCUUUCUUUUUCUUUUUUUUAAAUAUUAGAGGAUCCUAUUUAAUUAGCUUCCCUUGAAGCCUGAGCUGGCUCAGCAGCUGUAGCCUGGAUGUGGAAGAGCUGACUCUACUAUUUUCCUGUACAGUGGCAUCUCUCUAAAGCUGAAAGUCUCAGCUAGAAUCAGCCUUCACGCUGCUCCAGGGUCUUCAGGAUUACAUUUAACGUAUCAGGAAGCUGGAGUCCUGGUAGCAAAUCUGCUAGUAAUAAUUUAAGCAUGUGAUCCACCCAAGCUCAAAAGGAAGAACUUGAAUGUACUCUCACAUUUCUACACUCUUUCAAGGCACAGUAUUUUAAUCAAGCAGAGAUUUGAUUAAUCAGGGAAGCUAGCCAGUAGCCUCGUGUUAUCUCCUAAAAGAAAGCCAUGCUGUUAACUCACCAAAUAGCACUACGGCAUGGUUACAUAGCACAAUUUGCAACCCGAUUGCUACUCUUGGUCCAAAAGGGUGUUUUCCAGUGAAGUAUCCCUCUUGCUUUUACUGGUUGGUGAGAAAGCCUAGAAGCACAAAUGGCUGCACACUGUUACCUUAUUUGGCCCUUUUCGGGCUCACUUGAAUUAUUGCUCAAGAACUUCCUCUGUUUUCAACCAGAUGACCAGUAAGAGCCACUAAUAACCCUACGUUUAGAAAAUGCAAUAGUAGAAAUCUUCAGUAGGCUGAAAAAAAAUCACAUCGUUUUCUAGAUAGUCCUGUGGAGUUCGUACAUGCAUGCAUUUUGCAUGUCCUAUUUUCUAGUAGAAGUUCUGCAUUUUUGACUAGGUACCUGAAAUUCAAAUCAAUACCCAGAGCAUGGAAGAAUACAGUAUGGAGAAAACAAACUACUUUUUUUUGGUUUUUUUUUUUUUAAACAGCUGUGACUACAUCUCAGUGAUUCAACCUUCUGGCAGGGUGUUUCUUUAGACUGGAAAACUGCCAGGUUUUAGGCAACUCUGAAAAUUAAAAUUUCACAGCUGUUACUUACGGCUGUUUACAGGCAGCUGGAACUUUUUUCCUUAUAUGAAUAAGGUGAGAUUUCAGAGAGGUGAGGAACGAUGGUUUAAAGUUGACAAGCAGCAUACUGCGAGGACAGCAUCGGUUUGAGUUUGUAUUCCCCGGUCUCACCACAUGCUUGUGGAACUGGUUUUGGCACCAACAGCUUUAAACGCUGCAAUUUUAUAAAGGGUUUGCUUAGAUAAACAGUACUUUUCAUUUCAUGCCUCGUGAAGCUGGAAGGGCUGUGUGAAAACAGCAAAACUACAAGUCUAGAUUUACGCUGAGAACCCAGUAUCUCGACAUACCGGGGACGAGUUUAGAUGCUGUACUGUCCAGCAGACCGCAUCUUCCUUUGGAUGGAUGGCAUGAGUUUGUUACAAUGCAAAAAUUCAGGCAGCAGUUUUGGGGGAAGAGCUAUCAUUUCUACAGUUAGUUCCUCUUCCCUAUGCAAGGCUGGUAAGAAAGAAGAUGCCUCUUCUUCCUUACCCGCACGGUGGGGUGGCUGAAGAGAUGUUCAAGUAAAGGAAGGUGGGUCUCAAAUACUCAUUUUUUUCUCACCUCAGCUGUCUCUGCACCACAGCAUCUUCAGCUCUGAAAAUGUCCAAGAGCCGUCCUUCGUAAGGCCUGCUAAGGCUCCAUGUGAUCAGGGCGAGACAACAAGGUAAAAAAAUAGUAGUUUAAUUGCAGGAAAUGAUCUUAAAAGUUUAAGCCAUGUUCUCCUUGCUGAUUCAGCAAGGAACAGAAGCACAAAAAUUGGUUUUAUUGAGUCAGGCUCUCUUACAAUUACAUUAGGAAACUGUUUGUCGUUCAAAUUCUCCAUUCCUAUGAACGAUGGUGAGGAAGCCACCCAUUUUCUUGAGUUUAAUAGAGGAAAGCAAAUUCCCAAAUGCCUGAAGACAGCAACAAGAUUGGAAUAAGAAGUAUGCGAGCCUGCAAUCUCUCUUAAGAAUUAAAAUAGCUUUAUUUAAAUACAAAGUUACUGUAAAACAUACACUAGGAUACUCUCAUACCAAUAUAUUAACUAUUGUAAUCAGUGUACUAUUUA